AUGACGGAUUGUGUCGUUUUCACUGAUCAAGUGAAGGAUCCGACAUUGAACUUGCCAGUUAUCGUAUUUUUCUCCGUACUGUACAGUGUCGAAUUUUUAUUUGGCGUCAUCGGAAACGUUGGAGUGAUUAUUUUCACAUUCAACAACAGGAAACUGCAAACUGUGCAGAAUAUGUUCAUAUUGAACUUGGCGCUUGCUGAUCUUAUUGUUUGCAUCUUUUCCCUGCCAAUUACUCCAAUCACAAGUAUUCAUAAAAACUGGUAUUUCGGUGACCAAAUGUGUCAUUCACUACCAUGGAUACAGGGAGCCAGCGUCUUUGUCGCCACAUUCAGCCUCACAUUGAUCGCUGUUGAUCGAUACUUUAUGGUUGUCACUCCGCACAAGAAAAGAAUGACUCAAGUGCAAGCUCGUUUUGUGAUGGUCUGUUUGUGGUUGGUAGCGAUCCUCAUUACGCUGCCUUAUUCAUGGUACAUGGCUCUCGUUGAGUACGAUGGGCUUUGCGGCAAAUUCUGCACUGAAGCGUGGCCAAACGUGCCAACUCGACGAGCUUAUACGGUUUUUGUGUUGGUUGCUCAAUUUUUCGUACCUUUUCUGAUUAUGUUCUAUUGUUAUUCGAGGAUUUUCAAACAUCUCAGGCAGAGAACUCAAGCAAAAAUUAGGAAGAUGAAUGAACGAACACUCAUAUUAACCGCGUCAGUCCCUGUUCUGAGCACAGUACAACGGAAAAUGGACUCGAAGAUGGACGUACUUGAGCAGUGCCGUCGGAGAUGCAUUCUGCUGCAGCAAACUCGUAAAAAUACAAUUCAGCGACGGCGUUGUGUUUAUGCGCGGAGAGACGGACUAUUCGUAUAUAGCCAGCCUUAUAUCGCACAGUGCGGCAAUGACAAGCAUUAUGACGAAUCCUGUGCUUUAUGGUUUGCUGAAUCGUGGCCUUAUGUCACAUAUACGACAUGGAUGGAGAAACUCGUUGCGAAAAUUCAAGCGAAGUGA